GGAGAUAACAGGAAACAUAGUCCGUUGCUUUCCCGCGACAGGGCUGACCUAAAGAUUUUCGGCGAAAGUCGGCAAUGUCUUGGAGCCAAAUGGAAGUUUAGCUGCCUUAACGAUAUCGUGAGUGAGUGCCAACAUUUCCCACGAACUUGUGGGCUGCGCUCAUCCAGGCUCCAGCGGAAGGUUACAAGGACGUUGUGUGACUCGGCUACAUUUUUCGAGGGUGGUGUAAAGGAAGGUCCGUCGACUCCGUGUGAAAUUUUUUGGUACUUUUGUUUUAGCCCGUAUUUCGGACUCUCCGGAGUACAUUCAAGUUUUCAAUUAGGCUCCGAUGGCAGGACGCGGGGCAGCGGCUCAGAGGCCCAAUGGUGCGCCGCAGGGCAAAAUUUGCCAGUUCAAACUGGUGCUUUUAGGAGAGUCGGCAGUGGGAAAGUCGAGCCUGGUACUGCGCUUUGUCAAAGGCCAAUUCCAUGAGUACCAGGAGUCCACCAUUGGAGCGGCAUUCCUGACGCAAACGGUGUGUCUGGAUGACACGACGGUGAAGUUUGAGAUCUGGGACACAGCAGGCCAGGAACGCUACCACAGCCUGGCACCCAUGUACUACAGAGGUGCGCAGGCAGCCAUAGUUGUCUACGACAUCACCAACCAGGACACGUUCGGCCGAGCCAAGACCUGGGUCAAGGAACUGCAGCGUCAGGCCAGCCCCAGCAUUGUCAUUGCACUUGCUGGCAACAAGGCUGACUUGGCCUCAAAGCGAGCUGUGGAGCUUGAGGAGGCACAGGCUUACUCUGAAGAGAAUGGGCUUCUUUUCAUGGAGACAUCAGCCAAGACAGCAAUGAACGUCAAUGACAUCUUCUUGGCUAUUGCCAAGAAGCUUCCCAAGACGGAACAAGGUACUUCGACUGUUGGUGGUGGGGCCAGUGGCCAGGGCCGUCGAGGUGUGGACCUUAGCGAGCACCCGCAGCAAUCGGGUGGCUGCUGCAAGUGAUGCCCUUCCUACCAGGACCCUUUCCGAGCCCCACCACAUUGCCCAGGCCCCACCCACCGCCACGAGCAGACCCUGCUGCCCCCAAGCACUGUUCUGUGGCAGAGAAGGGAGGCGCCACUGCUGCCGCCGACUGUGAUGACGUCGAGGAUGGAAAACAGAGGCGCCCCCUUUUGUAGCCCCCUCCAAUUACGUUCUUUUUCUCUAUCUGUACAUACGCAGUAUAUAUAUAUACAUAUAUGUAUACAGACGGGGUGUAUAGGUAUAUAUACUAACUGGAGGGAGUGGCUGCACUGGCACACAUCCGCGAGCAUGGACGCCGGCACACACACCCAACUUGUUGCUUGAGGCAUGCAGCUCUUUUUUUUUUUCUUUUUUUUGACCAUGAUCAGUUCCAGUGUGACACUCCAGAGAGAAGACAGCCUGCUUUUUUGGGCAGGGGCAUGCUGCAAAGUGUGAGACAUUUUAUAGACGAAUGCUCCCUAGUUUGUUGUGGGUCUUCUUUCUUUUUUUUAAUUUGUAUGUGUGCUUAUGUGUGGAUGUUUCACUGAGUGGUUCAGCAGUGAUGUAGGGGAGCACCGCUGUUAGCAUGGAAUGCCUGGUUGAACUGUGAAAGUAUGUGCUAAAUCCUUUGUGUCACUCUUGGCAUGCCCUAUUUCCUUCGUGAGCAUGCAGGUUAGCCAAGCUCGUGAAGUUGUGUGUGUGUGCAUUUUGUCGUAGUCGUCGAGAGAUGCUCGAGGCGGCGGCCGUUUGUGGGGCAGGCUUUGCUAGGGUGGGGCACAUAGAGGACGCUUCACUGUAAAUGAAGAGGAGAAUAGGGCAAGGACAGUGGGGAUGGGUUCUCUUGUUCACUUUAUUUCUUAUAGCUCGUUUCAAGACGACACACAUGGACAUGGCAGUUUUUUUCUUCAUUCUCUGGCCCUAAUCUCCUCUUGCUCUAGGAGCAUUGUAGUUCUUUUAAAACCUGGGAACAAACAUGAUGAAGCCUCGGAGGCCAUAGCCAUAUGUUGCACUCUUUGUUUUUGCAAUGUGCUUCAACGUUGUUUCUUUGAAAAUUGAAUCAUGUAAGUGCAAGAGAAAGAAAUGCCUGGUCAAACCAGCUCUGUAGUUCUCCCUGGUCACUCUUUUGGCGAUACCAUUGCAGCAAACUUUUGAAAAUACAUUUUAGGCACGCAUGUUUGCGGAAGGUAUGGCUUUGGAAGCCACUACAGUAAAGAGGCAGGCGUUGUGUGUAGAGGUCAGCAAACAUCGUCUUCAAUCAGUGACAUUCUUUCCCUGCAGGCCAUUCAAAAGGGAUCAGCUGUUAGCAGAAUGCUUCAUAGUUGCUGUGCUCACUUCAUUGUGCACUGCAUUGGAGAAAGGAUAGCAAGUGCAUUCAGGAACUUGAGCGCUAUGCUCUUUCCCCUCUCCAUAAACAACUGGCAUGGACUUUCUGCUGCUGCACCACGGACUUGUGUGGUGCUACCAGUGCUUUGUACAGCUGGGCCAAUUGAGCAUCCCCCUGGAUGCAGCUGCCAUUUUUGUUCCGAGGUUGACAUUGUAACCACUUGUGCAGUUAUGGGCAAGUGAAUGAUUUCUUAAUCUGAACCUACCUGUUCUUGGAAAAAACAUGGCAGCUUCUCUGUCACUUGUAGAUAGCUCUGUUUCAGCCUUGCUUGUUUGCCCCAUUUUUUUGGUACAAGCACUUACUUGUUGUGGUUGACAUUGUCUACUCAUCUCCUAGGAAUUUUCGUUAUGGCCACUGCUGAAGCAUUGUCAGAUCUUAGGCUGGCCCAUGGCUUAUAUACACAAUGCUUUUAUAAGCCUCAUUCUUCAGUCAAGGUGUUAGUCUGCGCAUUAUCAGGCAGUACGCCUUGCAGUAUUUCAUUUGCUCUCCUUUUCACGUAUAAAUAUAGGUAUUUGGGGAGAAAGAAUACUUUGCCCGCACAUCUCUUGUUCGUCUUUCGUUCCCUCAUGGCCAGGUGCAGUGGCAUAGAAAGCAGUUUUUAAGAAACGAUGCAAAAAGCAAAUAAUCCGGGGAUGUACCGUUGACCUGUCAGAAGGAAUAAGUUUAUUGUGUAGUUAUGUAUACAUUACGAGGCUCUUGCUGUGUUGUCUAUAUUAAUGUAUGAUGUUUAUGCUGUACAUAACGUUUGAUAUUAAAAAUUAAAAAUGAAAUUUUGAAGUGCA